AACAGUAUCCCGUGUGGGGAUCAUUCCGUUGAUCGCCAGACCCAUGUCAAUUGUCCAUGAAGACUACAACUGUACUACCACGGUUGAGGUAAUUGCUGGCGGAGAGGAAGCUCUGGAAGGUGAGUUUCCUCAUCAUGCGUUGCUUGGCUGGGAAUCGAUCGAUUACUCCACCACCGUGGACUUUGUAUUUCUGUGCGGAGCGGUACUGAUCAGCGAGUGGUACGUGGUGUCUGCCGGUCACUGUAUUGUGGAUGGCGAACGGGGCACACCCGUUGUGGUGCGUUUGGGAGAGUACGAUUUGAAUAAUGAUUAUGAUCAUCAAGUGGACUUCGAUGUUGAGCGAGCGAUUAGGCAUCCGAGCUACAAGGUCAGUAGCGUUUACAACGAUAUAGCAUUGGUGAAGGUAAAACGGAGAAUUCGUUUCUCGCCGUACAUCCGACCUGCUUGCCUGUGGACUUCUGAAGCAUUUAGCUUCUCGUCGGUGAUUGCCACUGGAUUUGGGCAGCUGGGAUUUCUUACAGAACAAGCAACGAAGUUGAACAAAGUCAAAUUGGAGCUGUACGAUGGAGCCCUAUGUGAUCGGACAUUUAGGAGGAAUCGGAAGUUUAAACAUGGCCUCAUUGAUUCGCAGAUCUGUGCCGGAAGUGAAAACGAGAAGGACACCUGCAAGGGGGACUCUGGAGGGCCGUUGCAGGUGAUGGUCGAGGACAAUGGAUGCACGUAUUACGUAGUGGGGCUUACGUCUCGUGGCCAAGAUGCGUGCGGAUUGAUGAACUCAGUGGCAAUCUAUACGCGGAUAUCGUCUUACGUGAAGUGGAUCGAGAACGUUGUUUGGGAUGAAGAUGUAGAUGUGUGGAAGUGAGAAACGUGCUUUGUCGUUUGUGACUAACGUAAAUUAUAAUAAUGUAAUGAAUAAAUAAUUUGUUUCAAUA